AUGUCCAGUUUCUUGCAUAAAGUUUUUAGCAAUUAUAGCUGUUCUGAUGGAUUUUACGUGGACAGAGAAGGCUGUAAAACGUUAUUUAUCGAACUUUAUGGAAGGAAGCCGAAUAAGGAAGAGAUGAAAUGUAUUUUAUCAUUUUUUGAAUCAAAUCCCGAUGGUGAGCCAAUUGGUCUAACAUUUUCCGGUUUUCUUUCUUCUAUCCAAAUGCUUCAGAAACAUUUUCAGAAUAACCUUCCACAUAUUGACAAACACAAUAGAUUAUCAUUUGAUUGUUUAGAUCUAGAUUCAAAGGACUUUGUUAUGAUAAAUGAUUUACACAAAAUAUGGAGUAGAUACUUACCAUCUUUACCAUCUGGUCUACUGCGUACUAUUUUCAGAGAGUUUGACCAAGAUUGUGACGGUCGAGUUUCAUAUGAAGAUUAUCUACAUACUACAAAGUCUUGUAGUAAUAUGUAA